CCUCCUUAUCUCCAGUGUCAAACUUGACAUCAGCCUGCGAGCGGAGCAUGGUAACUUCUCCAGCAAUCAGAGCGCUCCCCCUCACAUCAGUGGCAUGCUUCAUGGAGAUAUGCUCCUCUCACUGCCCUCUGCACCAGCAACAUGGAUUGUCACCUCUCCAUCCUCCUCCUUCUCAGCUGCUCUGCUCUCAAGUGCUUCGGGGAACUGACUCUCCAACCUUCCAAUGAAGUCAAUUUACUGGAUUCAAAAACCAUUCAAGGAGAGCUGGGAUGGAUCUCCUAUCCGUCACAUGGGUGGGAAGAGAUCAGUGGUGUUGAUGAACAUUACACACCCAUCCGGACUUACCAGGUGUGCAAUGUCAUGGAUCAUAGUCAAAAUAAUUGGCUGAGGACAAACUGGAUCCCCAGGAACUCAGCUCAGAAGAUCUAUGUGGAGCUAAAGUUCACUCUCCGGGACUGCAAUAGCAUUCCAUUGGUUUUGGGAACUUGCAAGGAGACUUUCAAUCUGUACUACAUGGAGUCUGAUGAUGAUCAUGGAGUCAAAUUCCGAGAACAUCAGUUUACAAAGAUUGACACCAUUGCAGCUGAUGAAAGUUUCACGCAGAUGGAUCUUGGGGACCGUAUUCUUAAACUCAACACUGAGGUUAGAGAAGUAGGUCCUGUCAACAAAAAGGGAUUUUAUUUGGCUUUUCAAGAUGUUGGUGCUUGUGUUGCCUUAGUGUCUGUGAGAGUGUACUUCAAAAAGUGCCCGUUUACAGUGAAGAAUCUGGCUAUGUUUCCAGACACAGUACCCAUGGAUUCCCAAUCUCUGGUGGAAGUUAGAGGUUCUUGUGUUAACAACUCUAAGGAGGAAGAUCCUCCUAGGAUGUACUGCAGUACAGAAGGUGAAUGGCUUGUACCCAUUGGCAAGUGCUCCUGCAAUGCUGGCUAUGAAGAAAGAGGUUUCAUGUGUCAAGCUUGUCAGCCGGGCUUCUACAAGGCUUCAGACGGUAACAUGAAGUGUGCUAAGUGUCCGCCUCACAGCUCCACUCACGAAGAAGGUUCCGUGAACUGCAGGUGUGAAAAUAAUUACUUCCGAGCAGACAAAGACCCUCCAUCCAUGGCUUGUACCCGACCUCCGUCUGCACCGAGAAAUGUGAUAUCUAAUAUAAACGAGACCUCGGUUAUCCUGGACUGGAGUUGGCCCCUGGACACAGGAGGCCGGAAAGAUGUUACCUUCAACAUCAUAUGUAAAAAAUGUGGGUGGAAUGUAAAACAGUGUGAGCCGUGCAGUCCCAAUGUCCGCUUCCUCCCUCGACAGUUUGGACUCACCAACACCACGGUGACAGUAACAGACCUCCUGGCACACACUAACUACACCUUUGAGAUCGAUGCCAUUAACGGGGUGUCAGAGCUGAGCUCGCCACCAAGACAGUUUGCGGCAGUCAGCAUCACAACUAACCAGGCUGCUCCAUCACCUGUCAUGACGAUUAAGAAAGACCGGACAUCCAGAAACAGCAUUUCUUUAUCCUGGCAAGAACCUGAACACCCUAAUGGGAUCAUAUUGGACUAUGAGGUCAAAUACUACGAAAAGGAACAAGAAACAAGUUACACGAUUCUCAGGGCACGAGGCACUAAUGUUACCAUCAGUAGCCUCAAGCCUGAUACUACAUACGUAUUCCAAAUCCGAGCCCGGACCGCAGCUGGAUAUGGGACCAACAGUCGCAAGUUUGAGUUUGAAACCAGUCCAGACUCUUUCUCCAUCUCUGGUGAAAACAGCCAAGUGGUAAUGAUUGCCAUUUCAGCGGCGGUAGCAAUUAUCCUCCUCACAGUCGUCACCUAUGUUUUGAUUGGGAGGUUCUGUGGCUAUCAUAAGUCGAAACAUGGUGCAGAUGAAAAAAGACUUCAUUUUGGGAAUGGACACUUAAAACUUCCAGGUCUCAGGACUUAUGUUGACCCACACACAUAUGAGGACCCUACCCAAGCAGUUCAUGAGUUUGCUAAGGAACUGGAUGCCACCAACAUAUCCAUUGACAAAGUUGUUGGAGCAGGUGAAUUUGGAGAGGUGUGCAGCGGCCGUUUAAAACUUCCUUCAAAAAAAGAGAUUUCAGUGGCCAUCAAAACCCUAAAAGUGGGCUACACAGAAAAGCAGAGGAGAGACUUCUUAGGCGAAGCAAGCAUUAUGGGACAAUUUGACCAUCCCAAUAUCAUUCGACUAGAGGGAGUUGUUACUAAAAGUAAACCUGUUAUGAUUGUCACAGAAUACAUGGAGAAUGGUUCCUUGGACAGUUUCUUACGUAAACAUGAUGCCCAGUUUACAGUUAUCCAGCUGGUAGGGAUGCUUCGAGGCAUAGCAUCUGGCAUGAAGUAUCUCUCAGACAUGGGCUAUGUUCACCGAGACCUUGCUGCUCGCAACAUCUUGAUCAACAGUAAUUUGGUGUGUAAGGUUUCUGAUUUUGGACUUUCACGGGUUCUAGAAGAUGACCCAGAAGCUGCUUACACAACAAGAGGAGGGAAGAUCCCAAUCCGGUGGACAUCACCAGAAGCCAUAGCCUACCGCAAAUUCACAUCAGCCAGCGAUGUAUGGAGUUACGGGAUUGUUCUCUGGGAGGUGAUGUCCUAUGGAGAGAGACCAUACUGGGAGAUGUCCAAUCAGGAUGUAAUUAAAGCUGUGGAUGAAGGCUAUCGACUGCCACCCCCCAUGGACUGCCCAGCUGCGUUGUAUCAGCUGAUGCUAGACUGCUGGCAGAAAGACAGAAACAACAGACCCAAGUUUGAGCAGAUUGUCAGCAUUCUGGACAAGCUUAUCCGGAACCCAGGCAGUCUGAAGAUCAUCACCAGUGCGGCAGCAAGGCCCUCAAACCUUCUCCUGGACCAAAGUAACUUCGACAUUACUACCUUCCGCACAACAGGUGAUUGGCUUAACGGUGUCCGAACAGCACAGUGCAAGGAAAUCUUCACAGGCGUAGAGUACAGUUCUUGUGACACCAUAGCCAAGAUUUCUGCAGACGACAUGAAAAAGGUCGGUGUCACUGUGGUUGGGCCACAGAAGAAGAUCAUCAGCAGUAUUAAAGUUCUAGAAACACAAUCCAAGAAUAGUCCAGUCCCAGUGUAAAGUGCUAUUUCUGGAAGAAAGUGGAAGAUGCAGCAUCACUCUGCAGACUGAUGACAACACUGGAAAUACUGGUGGACCUUCCAAGCCCGAUAAGACACUCAGAUACGAGUAAAAUGCCUUAAAAUGGAAUUAAAAAACUCUUUAUUUUCCCCUGUUGUUUAGUGGAUGGGUGGGUGGGUGUAUUUUGUUUUGUAAUUGCUUUUUUAUAUUAGUUGAUGGAUUAAAUCAGAAUUCUUCAGCGCAAAACGACAAAGAACUAGCAUAGAGCCAUUGAUCAUAAACUGACUAUCAUAAAAGCAAAACAAAUGAAAUGAUGCAAUGAACAAGGUGGCUGUGCUUCUGAAUAGCCACAGAAAACCAGGCUUGUGAUAUUUUUAUACACAGAAGAGAUCUGUAGCAGGUAUUUUGUUUCCUUGAAAGCAAGCAAAAUAGAGGAAUUCAUACCUCAAACUAUCCGGCCAUAUUUACUACCUUUUCAUUGUAUUAUUCUCCUUUAUCUGUUAAAAAGCAUAUAGAAAUGAAGUUUGUAGUUGUUUUAAGUACUACACAUUUUUGAUUGUUAGCCUCCUUAAGUAUUAUCAUGUAAAAAUGUGUUUUAAUUUUGAAGAAAAGUACGUAUUUAUUUUCUUUUUAAUUGUCUUUUAUUGUUUUCUAUUUAUGCCUUGAUGAUUUAAUUUGGAUUUGUGACAGCCAAGUGCCAAAUGCUCUCUCAAAUUGUCAGCAGUAGAAAACAUGAUAAACUAGACACAGAAAAUGAUGUGUUUCUUUCCAGAUUGUUUGAAUCAUACACUCAUAUGUAUCUAUAUCUAUAUAUAAAAAGAAACAAAACCCUUUCCUUGUUCAUACACUAACCAAAUCUCUCACAGUCUGAAUUAUUCCACCCAUUUCUGUCUCUCCAUUUAUUAUAAAUUGUGUGCUCCUAAUUUAGUGUGAUAUACCGACUUGUGUAUAACGGAUUUUCAAUGACAUACCUGCCUUGCUCUGGUGCUUAGGAGACCAUAAACUCCCUCCAUUGGUAAAAGAGCUAUAUUAGAGCUCCUGAAUAGAGAAUGCUACACUGGAAAGGAUUGGAAUACUAUUUAGAUUGUUGUAUUAAUUGGCGAUGUAGCCUAUAAGCUGCCUAUAAGCGGAUGCAUGAAUCAAAAAGAUCACUGGCUGACUGGUUUUGAAAUGCCUCUUUAUACAUUUGCUUAAACUUGUUGAGCUGAUUAUAGGGAAUAAGGAUUACUAAACUAUUCAUCUGCAUCACUGAGCUUUUGCUAAAUUAAUUAAACAUUGUCAUCAUCAGUAGCAAGUAUUAUUAUCUUUGAGUCUCCAGUGAAAUGCACCUAUUAUAGUUUUGGUAUAUAUCUUAGAAACAUUGAGCUUCUUGACACUUAUUGAACAUAUAAUCGUCAAAAUAGCUGGUUGUCCAUCAAGACUCAAAAUCUGGAGAGAUCUCUUCUUGCAAGGAACUUGGACUUGCUUUUCCAUAAAGGUCAAAUAUGAACAUACUCCAUAAUAUUUGAAAUAUAUACCUGGUGGAGAUCUAGCCAUAAUACAUUGUGAAGCAACAUUUUAGCUCUAUCUAUAAUCUUUCUAAUGCUGAUAUGAUCAUGUUAUUGGAAUACGAAAUGCAUAUGUCAGAAGAAUAGAAUGGAUAAAACAAUGCUGCAACCUUUAUGUUCUUAUGCCAAAUGGAACACUUAUACAGCUUACAAUCACAGAUCAAAAUUCACAAGUGCUAAUCUGCUGUAAAUUUAGUGUAAUAAGGCUUAUGUUGUAUUCCUUCAUAUAUAAAAUUAUUUCUCAAAUGUCUUCAAUAUUCUUAUAGUCAAAUCAUCCUACUAGAAUUAUGUAUUGGGUGUAUAAGAGCAUGAACCUUUUAAAAAGAUAUAUAUGAUUAUGAAAUUAAUUACAAAUUUCACUUAAGCCUGCUAGAAGCGGCUCAAAACCUUUUUUUAAGCAAACAUUUUGUUUUGUGGAAUGUUAGAUUGAGAUCUGAAUCUGGCUUCAAUCUCAUUUUUUUCCAGACUAGCAUUUACUUUCUUAGGUACUAUUCUGUGCACACUCCACAAAAUCUGUGCAUUUCAGGAACUAGGAGAAGUUGAGGAUUGUUUAAUCUAUUUCAUUUAUUUUGGCUGUGGUUUCCAUUUGAAAGUAGAAAUUGUAUAUGCAGUAUAUUGCUCUUCAUUUUCACUAUUUUUCUAUCUGACUUAUUAUAAAUUUACUUUUCACAAUCCUUACCCUGUACAUAUGUAAACAUAAUAGUGUACGAUUCUUAACUGUGGAAUAGAGGUACUAGAAUGCUUAUGGCCAUCUCUUUGUACAGAAACUGCGCUGGCUUUCAGUAAACACAAAACCACAAUUGCUUCAUAAUAUCAUGUACCAUAUUAUCUGAUUGUAUCUUAAGUCUGAUUUAUAUAUUUAUUUCUGGUAACUUGCCCAUGUUAAGCUGUACUAAAUAUCGAAUAAGCCAUGUAUAAAUGUGAUAUGAUUGGCAAUAUGUGUGUACUUUAAAUUUUCAUUUUCAAAACAUUACUCAUUUAGUCUAUGCUGUACAAUGUAGAUGGCCUCUUACUAAUGUAAAAUGAUUUGUAGUGGAAACAUUUAUAUUUUUAUAAUAAACAUAACGAAAAUAUUUUUUACA